AUGGUGAAAAUGUUCUUCGGAAACCCUAGUGGAAAACGGAAUAAACUUCCGGUUCAGAGGGCACCACCUCUUUAUGACGAGCCCACAAUUCCUAAUUCGACAGAGAUUGAAAGUCCUGUUGUUGUUGAAGAAAGAGUAACUAAUAUUGUUGAAGAAGUAGAAGAGAUUCAUAACGAAGAGGUGAUUGCAGAGUCGGAUUCUUCUUCUGUUGAGGGAGAUGAUUGUGAGGUUAUAGUUGAAGAUAGGGCUGGAUAUAAGGAGAAUGAGUUAUUCGAAGUAGAGGUUGGAGAGACUGACUUGUCUUCUCACUUUCAAGCUGCUGCACAAGAAUAUGGAGAUGAUUUGUAUGAUGCUAACGAUGACAGUGGCGAUGAUAUUUGGGACGAUGAUCACAUUCCAGAUCCUUUAUUCAGUGAUGAUCGGAAUGUGGAAGAAGAAGGCAGGCAAUUCAACUACGGGCCUGAUGACAUUCUUGCGCUAGGAAAGACUUUUAACACUGCUGAGGAGUUCAAGUACGCUGUUCUCAAGUACUCUUUGAAGACACAAUAUGAUAUUAAGUUCUACAAGUCUUCAUCUGAUCGGCUUGGUGCCCACUGUACACAACAUGUAGAAGAAAAGUGUCCUUGGAGGGUCUAUUGUUCCUUUGAGAGAGGCAGAAACAAGUUAAUGGUGAAAGUGUACAAUGACAGUCAUAUUUGUGUAAGAUCCGGUUACACAAAGCUUUUGAAGAGUGGAACAAUUGGGCAGAUUUUUGAGGAGAGGCUUAGAAUUAAUCCUAAAAUUAAGUCACAGGAGAUGGUGGAUGAGAUAAAGAGGGAGUACAAUAUGAUUGUCUCACCCGAACAAUGUCGAAGAGCUAAAUCAGUGCUUUCAGCGAGAAGAAAGGCUGUGAAAGGCUGUGAAACUUUGCUCGGCUUUGGGAUUACCAAGAAGAGGCAGUCAUGUAGGCCGAUCAUUGGAUUAGAUGAUGCUUUUAUGAAAUGGGAUAUAAAAGGGCAAAUGCUAGCUGCAGUUGGCAGAGAUGGGGAUAAUAGAAUAUUUCCUAUUGCCUGGGCUGUGGUUGAAGUGGAGGACAAUCCUAAUUGGCUAUGGUUUGUGCAACUCUUGAAAAAUGAUUUGGAGCUUGAAGAUGGAUCAAACUGUACAAUAAUCUCAGACAAACACAGGGGUAUACUAAAUGCGGUUCAUGAAGAGCUUCCUAAAGCUGAGCAUAGGAUGUGUGCUCGACACAUUCUUGAGAAUUGGAAGAAGACAAACAAAGACAUAGAGCUUGAACGUCUUUUCUGGAAAAUAGCAAGGAGCUACACACCAGCAGCUUUUAGGGAUAACGUAGAGGCACUGAAGAAGUAUAAUGUUGGAGCUUAUGAGUCUCUGCAAAGUACUGCUCCAACAACAUGGUCUCGGGCGUUCUUUAAGCUUGGAUCGUUUUGCAAUGACAAUCUAAACAACUUGUCUGAGUCCUUCAAUAGGAGUGUUAGAGAGUCAAGGAGGAAGCCGCUUCUUGAUAUGCUGACAGAGGUUAGGAGAAAGAAUAUGGUCAGGAAUGCAAAGCGAACUUUGUUAACUAAUAGGUGGAAUAAGAGGUUCACACCAAGAGCAGACAAGGAGAUUGAACUGAAUAGGCAGAAAGCUAUGGAUUGCAUCAGGUAUAUGACCACAGGACAUUCACAUGAAAUAGAGUAUCACAGUGAUGCUUACACCGUAAAUAUGGAGGAGAAAACAUGCGGUUGUGGCUAUUGGCAGUUGAAUGGACUACCUUGUAUGCAUGCUAUGUGUGUCAUCACAACAACAAAGCUGAAUCUCAAUAAUUAUGUAUCAGAUUACUACCUCACCUCUACAUGGCGCCAACUAUAUUAUACUGGUAUGAAACCGAUUCAAGGUAUGAAACUGUGGCCACGCUUAGGUCGAUUACCCAUGCUACAUCCUCCUUCAAGAUUCAAUCGAGGAAGGCCUAAUACACAUGCUAGGAGGAAAGGUCCUCAUGAGUCAGCCACUAAUCCACAUAAGCUUACACGGCAUGGUCGUGUGGGAACAUGCUCAAACUGUCGCAAAGAAGGUCACAACAAGACUAGGUGUCCUAAUCCCACUGCAGCUCCUCCACCUAAGCGUCCAAGAGGUCGUCCAAGGAAAGCACAGGGAGAGUCUUUGUCAUUUGGAGCUUCUCAAACUUCUCAACCUUCUCAAGAAUCACAAGGAGGAUUUGGCUUCUCUUCCUAG